ACGACGGCCACUUUAGGGUCUGACAUCCGCACCCUGUGUUUGCUUUGCCUUCAUUUUGCCGGUAUUUAUUAACUUGUUACUGUAAUACAUAACGCGCGAGUGGAUGACAGGGCAGAAAUCAGCUCAGCAGCGUCUUAGCCAACUUUGAGAAGACAUGAAGAAACUGGUCAUCAACGCAGACGACUUCGGCUACUGCCCUGAGCGGAACCGUGGGAUCGUGGAGAGCUAUCUCCAUGGCGACGUCACCACAGCGUCCCUGAUGGCCAAUGCUGAUGCUGCAGAGGAUGCCGUUAAGCUUGCCACGCUCCACUCCAUCCCCCUGGGUCUGCACUUGAACCUGACGGAGGGGCGACCGGUCUGCAACCGCCUGCGGGAGGGCUCCAGCCUGGUGGACGGUGACGGCUGGUUCCAUGGGAAGCUGGGCGUGAGGAAGGCAGCGUACAGCGGGGGACUGGACGCUACAGAGGUCCGUGAUGAAAUAGAAGCCCAGCUGAGAUGGUUUGUGGACCAGUUAGGGAAACUGCCUACACACAUAGACGGACACAACCAUGUCCAUGUACUGCCAGGUGUUCGUGAUGCUUUUGCAGCUGCGGCAGCUGCAGCAGGUGUCAGGUGGGUGCGGCUACCCGUACAGACCGACCUCCCGACCUGUGACUGGGUCAGCGAGGCACAGCAGGACUUCUUUAAGGAGGUAGAAGACGACUGUCGAGAGGCACGGCAAGUCUUCUUACAGCAGGGACUCAGAUUAACUGAUUCAUUUGUAGGCCUGGCCACCAUGGGUGCAGACAUGUCCGUCCAGCAUCUCUGCGACUCGCUACAAGCAGCCUACCAAUCAGCAGACAGGUCACCCACCAAUCAUGUGACCUGUGAGGUAAUGGUGCAUCCUGGGUACCCGAGCAUGCUGGGAUGCGGCGGGUGUGGCCAGGGCCCCGAUGACUUCUCCCUGUCACAUGACCGCCGGCACGAGAUGACCGUUCUCGGGGACGGACGACUCAAGAAGUUUUACAAGGAAGAAGGGAUCGAAUUAUGUUCUUUUGCUGACCUUUGACUUUAUUUAGAUUGUAGACAAUACAAUAGAAGUAGGUGACAGGCAGUGACUGCUUGUGUUGUGACCCACACAUUAAUUCAUACAUGCAUAACAUUAGUACUACAUUCAACCUUUAACAUCAGACUGUUCACAGAAACUGAGGCAAAAUGCAAUGCCAAUGUAAAUGGUUGAUUCCUGGGCAUUUUACAGCAAUAUUUUAGCAAAGAAGUAUUGAAAACGGAGGAGUUUGAGGAAAACUUGAAUAUGCUUGUAUUCACAGCAGAAACUCUGCGUACCAACUUGAAGGUACAUGCAGACUUUUCUGUCAGACCCUGUUUUUAUGGUGAUACUAAUUCAGAAAUAUUUUUUAGAAUCCGAGAAUCAACAAAUCAUUGCCAAAUUGCCUGAGAAAAUGUUACUCUGUAAAGGGUCAACUUUCUAAUUUUAUAAAGAUAUUGUAUUCUAUAUGCAAUGGAUGUGCACAGUACUAAAUUCUAUAUAUACUAAGUAAAUUCAAAAGUAUUUUUACAUGUAUUUUCCUGUAACACAGUGAUGGACAGAGUCAGUAUUUUUAAUAUUUUCUUAGAUUUUUGCUUAUUGAGAUAUCUAAAGCUACUUCAGCGAUGUUUUACUACAAUUAUAUGAUUGUAUAACAGUCUUUACAACAUUCGAAGAGAAUUUUAAAACAGAAGUUUAUAUUUUAGGAUCUGAAGACUGUUGGCAUGUCAGACCUAGUCUUUAAACACACAGUUGU